AAAACACACCAAACAAACCCUAAUGAUCUCUCACCCUCACAAAUUUUCUUAUCUCUUUGAUAGGCUUUUAUAGAUUCACAAAAACUUUUCUUCAGAUUCACAAUCUCAUCACAACCCUUCAAAAAAAAAAAAAAAGAUCUAAAGAAUAAACAAGAGCUAGUAGCCCUUUUAUCAAAUCAAAACCAAAACCAGCUGCCUGAUCAGAAAGCUAAAGUUUCCUCUUUUAUUUUCUCUCUAUAUAGAUAUCCCUCAUCAUCUUCUUUUCCUAGCUUGUUCUUGAAAAUAAAAGAAAAAUAAAAAACUAGGGUUUACUUCUCCAAAAGAUAAGAUCUUUCGCCAGAUAAAAAGUCAGUCAUGUUUGUGUGUGUCUGUAUAUAGACAAAACAUUGCAUACCCUAAUAAGGUCACACAUAUAUUAGCUACAAAUUUAUAAAUAAAUUAGGGGAUUUUUCUUUUCUUUUUUUUGUGUGUUUGAAAAAAUGGGAAGAGGAAGAGUAGAGCUGAAGAGGAUAGAGAACAAAAUCAACAGACAAGUGACGUUUGCUAAGCGUAGGAACGGUCUGUUGAAAAAAGCUUAUGAGCUUUCUGUUCUCUGCGAUGCUGAGGUCUCUCUCAUCGUUUUCUCCAACCGUGGCAAGCUCUACGAGUUCUGCAGCACCUCCAACAUGCUUAAGACACUGGAAAGGUACCAGAAGUGCAGUUAUGGCUCCAUUGAAGUCAACAACAAACCUGCCAAAGAACUUGAGAACAGCUACAGAGAGUAUUUGAAGCUGAAAGGUAGAUAUGAAAAUCUGCAGCGUCAGCAGAGAAACCUACUUGGAGAGGACCUUGGACCUCUGAAUUCAAAGGAGCUAGAGCAGCUUGAGCGUCAACUAGACGGCUCUCUGAAGCAAGUUCGCUGCAUCAAGACGCAGUAUAUGCUUGACCAGCUCUCUGAUCUUCAAGGUAAAGAGCAUAUCUUGCUUGAAGCCAACAGAGCUUUGUCAGUGAAGCUGGAAGAUAUGAUCGGCGUGAGACAUCACCAUAUAGGAGGAGCAUGGGAAGCCGGUGAUCAACAGAAUGUUGUCUACGGACAUCAUCAGGCUCAUUCUCAGGGACUAUACCAAUCUCUUGAAUGUGAUCCCACUUUGCAAAUUGGGUAUGGCCAUCCAGUGUGCUCGGAGCAAAUGGCUGUAGCGACGCAAGGUCAUAACCAACCAGGAAACGGCUACAUCCCUGGCUGGAUGCUAUGAGUGAUACUUCUUCACCCAUUAAGGAUCUUAAGAAAGUACUGGUGGGGUCUUGGCGCGUGAGGUCUUUGAUCUUAUGCAUAUGAAUAAGAAUGAAUAGUAAUGAAUUUUGUGUUUAUGUAUGCACAAGACUUUGAUUUGGAUACAUAAGUGGCUAUAACCAUAAUAGCCUCCAAUGUCUCUCCUGUUUCAGGAGAUGUUUGUGCCUUUAGUAACCUUUGCUUCUAUGUAUGGGAUUGUAAUGUGUAAGAACUAAAAUGUUAAGAUUAACCAUGUCUCAUCUGGUUUAAUUAUUCA